GGCGGGGUCUACUCUGGCUGGAUGGCGACCUUAGUUUCUGUACUGCUCUGAUACUUGAGUGGCUUAACCAUGGCCCUGCGGGCAGUGUGGCUCAUACGUCACGAACCAGGAACUCCACUUGGUGGCACCGUCAAAUUCUCCAGACGCUAUCCUACUGUUGAAAAGCGAGCGAAGGUCUUCAAUGGAAUGAAUUAUGUUCCUGUACCUGAAGACGGUCCCUUUCUUAAAGCAUUGCUCUUUCAACUUAGAUUAUUGGAUGAUGAUAAGGACUUCGUGGAAAGCCGUGAUAGCUGUUCAAACAUCAAUAAAACAUCCAUCUAUGGGCUCUCAGUAGGAGGUGAAGAUCUCUGGCCAGUCAUUGCUUUCCUGAGGAAUGACAUGAUCUAUGCAAGUGUUCCAUUAGUUGAACAAGCUCUGUCCCCUCGCCCACCUUUAAUUAGUAUUAGUGGGGUGUCACAAGGCUUGGAACUGCUUUUGGGAGUACAUGAUUUUCUUUACUCCAGUCAGAAAAACGACACUGACCUCCACAGCAGACUGAGUCAGUUGCCUGACUUGCUUCUGCAGGCUUGUCCUUUGGGGACUCUAUUGGACGCUAACUUGCAGAACUCACUGAAUAGCCUUAACUUCGUAUCUGUGACUCAGCCACAAAAACAGCCAGCCUGGAAAGUUGGAACAUACAAAGGAAAAGCACAGAUUUCUAUUUCUAUCACUGAGAACGUAAAAUCCAUGCAAUAUGGUAAACAGGAUAUAGCAGACACAUGGCAGGUCGUUGGGACAGUCGCUUGCAAGUGUGAUUUGGAGGGAGUCAUGCCAAAUGUCACCAUCAGCUUGAAUCUGCCCACCAAUGGGUCUCCACUUCAAGACAUUAUUGUUCAUCCUUGUGUGACUUCUCUGGAUUCUGCCAUCCUGACCUCCAGUAGCAUUGACACAGUAGAUGACUCUGCUUUCAGUGGGCCAUAUAAAUUUCCAUUCACUCCACCCUUAGAGUCCUUCAACUUAUGCCACUACACUUCUCAGGUUCCUGUCCCACCAAUACUGGGUUCUUACCACAUGAAAGAAGAUGGAGCACAACUGAAAAUAACAGUUAAUUUAAAACUACACGAAAGUGUGCGGAAUAAUUUUGAAAUCUGUGAAGCUCACAUACCUUUUUACAACAGAGGUCCAAUUACCCAUUUGGAAUACAAAGUUAGUUUUGGUCAACUUGAGGUGUUUCGAGAAAAAAGCUUAUUGGUCUGGAUUAUUGGCCAGAAGUUCCCCAAAUCAAUGGAGAUUAGCCUUUCAGGAACUCUAACUUUCAGAGUUCAGGGCCAUAACAGGCAGCCGUUUGACCACAUUUGUAUUGGAAGCACAGCAUAUGUAAAGCUUAAUUUUAGGAUUGCAGAUUAUACACUCACCGGAUGUUACGCAGAUCAGCAUUCGGUUCAAGUGUUUGCUUCAGGAAAACCAAAAAUAAGUGCAUGUUUGUCUCUACCAUCUAGUCCACCUGUGUGUGACAACGUAGAGUUGAGGUGCUACUGGCCCUUCCGGUUCAACUAACUUAGCGAAGCUGCUGAUGAAGCUGAAGAUGAGACCAAGAGGAGCGACUCAAUAAAAUUCAUAGAAACAGAUUGGGGGUGGAGGGGUGAGGAGUGUAAGGAUUCUGAUCAUCCACCUUGAAAAGCACAGUACAGCAGGCACAUGAGUAUUGAAAAUUCUUCCAGUGCGCUGCUGUUGCUACUCUGCCAGUCCCAGCUCAGUCAGAGGCAAGGGAAACACACACUGCUUGCGGUUAACAAAGGAAACAUCAUUAAAGUGAAUGUUUACAUUGUGUUUAUUGAAGUGUUCAAAGUAUAUGUGUUGCCUCUCCAAGCGGCCUGCUGCACUUCAGAGGAUUAAAACUACAUGGCUGGAAGUAAAAACUAGUUACAUUGUACAGACAGAUGGCUUUUAAACAGAAUAGGAUCUUGCUUGGGUUUUUUUUUUUUUGAGGGGGGUUGUUUUUGUUUUGGGGGGGCCUCAAAAGUGUAUCCCAUUCAGGGUGAGGGACCUUCAUCUACUCACACAUUCUGUAUACUUCCAAGUCCUUUAUGUGACUUUUCCUCUCACAAACUAGAUGCAUAAGUAAUGAGUUUAUUUCUUCUUAGUACAUCAAAAAUAGCAAAGCAAUUGUGAAAUCACUGACAUGCUGUCCAGUUGAGUAAGUGUGUACUGGACAGCUACCUCCGGAUUAGUGUGGGCCUCUUGGGAACCACAUUCAUCUUGUUCUCCUCAUACAAGUGAAGUUAAGAAGAGACGCUGUAUAGCAAACAUGCCAGCCUGACCUUUGAAAGUCUAAUAAAUAGUAUUUAUGCAAACAAAAUGGAAAAGUUGACAAAAAUACGGAAAGUUCAGCUUUAGUCUUUUUUGUUGUAUUUUGAGACAGGGCUUCUCCGUGUAGCAUCGGCUGUUCUGGAACUUGCUCUGGAGAUCAGGCUGGCUUCAAAGUCAGAGAUGUACCUGCCUCUGCCUCCCAAGUCCUGGGAUGAAAGGCAUGCGCCACCACUGCUGCCCGGCAUGGCAUUACUGAUUUUUCUGACAAAAGCAAUAUAAAUUACUUUUUGGUUGCAAAAAUAGUAUCAUGCUUCAUUAGGGUUAACGGGAUUGGGGUCUGAGAUAGCUCAGUCAGUAAAAAUUGCUUGCUGCACAAGCUUGAGGACCUGAACUGAAUCUCCAGCACCCACAGGACAAGCAAAGAAGUGAAGGUUUGUGCUUGUAAUCCCAGGUCUAGAGAGGCAGAAACAGGCGGGUCCUGGAGCACAUUAGCCAGCCUGAGUAGCAAGUCCCAGGUCCUGGGGAAGAGUCAGGAAACAAGGUAGAUGGCUCCUGAAGAACAGCACACGUGAAUACAUACAUGUGCACACACAAAAUUAAAGCACUAUACUUUCCUGCACCCCUCAGGUGGUGUUGAUUGCAAGUUCAUGACAAAAUCCCUUGUAAACUGACUAAAUGCUGAUGAACUAUUUUCUUAGAUUCAUCAGAGCAAAUUGCCAAUCUCUUAUUUCAUUCACUAUUUUUGUAACACAUGGAGCAACCUAUAUGUAUUAUUUCUGGGUUCAGAAUCUACAAAAAUCAUUUUUGUAUAAUUUUUAUUAAUCUAAAAGCAGGCUCCAGUCUCUCUAACAUGUUUUUUUUUGCUAUGACAAUAUCCAGAGGCGACUAGAAAUGCUUGGAACCUUUUUAACUAAUAUACUACCAAAAGGGCUCCCCACCUCUAUCGUGUGUGUGUGUGUGUGUGUGUGUGUGUGUGUGUGUGUGUGUACACAUCAGUAUCGUUUGAUGUGUCCUGAAAGUUGAACCCAAGGGCUAAGCAUGUUGUAAACGUGCUCCACCACUGAGCUUUAUUCUCAGCCCCGAGGAAUUUAACUCAUGUGACUGUCACUGGCCUCAAGCUGUAAUGCAUCUUCCCCCCGAAUUAGCACAUGCUACACAUUGUGUUUAACACUGAAGACCUAAACAUGAGCUGGUUAUGUCAGAAUGAAAAGCUUCUGAGCGGCCCAGAGUCUAAACUGGAGUCUUUAAACUAAUUAAUACCAACUCUAAUUUUAAACUUCUAAUGUGGUUUUCCUAUCACAUGACGCUCUAGAACUAGACAAGGAAGUAAUACAGAUUUGAGAUGUGCUCUAUAACUUCUACAACGUGUUGAUAUUUUUUUAACGUGAAAAAGUACUUCUCACCAUUUUCAAACAGAAACUGUCUAAAAAAGAUGGUGGCUGAAUCGCCAGGUGGAUAAGAAGCAUCCCAAGGGCAACAUGGAUCUCCGUAGGUCUGCCUGACAAGCCUGGAAACUGCAUGACAGAAGGACAAAGAUUGGAUUGUAAAGCGCACAUUCGUGCAGGAAAAUGCCUUUUGCCUCCACGUGGUUUAGGUUUGGAUGUGCAGGAAAGAGAAGUAAUUAGAUUUAAUCCAGGAUGUUUAAUGUGCCAGACUAAACACACAUAUGCACAUACUUCGGCACCAAAAAUGUGUUUUCCCAUUGUCCCUGAUUUAUGGAUUGUCAAUGAAGAAAAUAAUGCAUGGAUAGUAUUAAAGAGAAGACAUCAAA